CCCAGCCGGAGAUGCCUGACAGCCCAAGUGGGAGGGGUCUAGCGGAACUCCCCGGAUGAGGGCAAGAUGGCGGCGCUGGCGGUGGCUUUGCUGCGGGCCCUGAAGAGACUCUGCCGCGUCGCCCUUUUCCUCUCGCAGCUCUACGUCCUCUCUGGCCGAGGAUCGUUGAGCUUGGAGCAUCACCCGCAUGCUCAGCUGCCCAAGGUGUCUGCUAUGGAGCCUGCCAGCACACAGGUCCCAGCGUCUAAAGUCCCAGAAACUACAGCUGUUCCAUCCUAUGUCACUCGAUGCCCUAGCAAUGGGCCCUGCAGCCGGCUGCCCCCAGAAUGCAUGACCUGCAGAACCAACUACUCCUGUACCUAUGGGAAACCAGCCCUGUUUGAAUGCGAAGUAAAACCCCAGGUUCACUGUGUUGAUGAGAAUAACACUCGUCAGAAGAUCUUCAUGAUCAACAUGACCUGCCAGUUUUGCUGGCAGCUGCCUCCUGCCGAAUAUGUUUGUUCCAAUCCUGCAAACUGCAAGACGGUUUCUUGUCCCCGGGAACGAUACCUGGCCAACUGCACUGUGCGGGAUCAUAUCCACUGUUUAGGCAACCGUAAUUUCCCCAAGAUGCUAUAUUGCAACUGGACUGGGGGCUACAAAUGGUCAACAGCCUUGGCUUUAAGCAUCACCCUGGGUGGCUUUGGAGCCGAUCGCUUCUACUUGGGCCAGUGGCGGGAAGGGCUGGGCAAGCUCUUCAGCUUUGGCGGCUUGGGGAUCUGGACUCUCAUUGACGUGCUGCUGAUCGGAGUCGGCUACGUGGGGCCGGCGGACGGCUCGCUCUAUAUCUAAAUUAUUGACCCCAAAUAUCCCAUUAGGAGUGGAUUGCGCUUGGAGAGGACCAAAGCUGGACUUCCAAAACAGACCCUAGGAGCACUUAUUGCCUAAUGUGCGCAUAUAUACUAUUUAAUGUACAGCAUCUGUACUUGGCCUGCCUUUAACUUAAGGUGAAAUAAAGACAUGGACCGUUGAGCGACGCUGCUGCCCUGGAGUCUGUUUCUUUGGGGCGGGCAUGGGCAAAGUCCGGCCCUCCCUCCGGGUGUUUUGGACUUCAACUCCCACCAUUUCUAUUAAGAAUUGUGGAAGUUGAAGUCCAAAACUUUGCCAAACUGUGCCCAUGCCUGCUUUAGGAGUUUUCAAAUGCACCUUCCAUUUUUUUUUCUGUGAAAAAGUUCGUUAAGUUGCACGACGAAAGCGCACCGCUGUUUCUUUGGGCAGAUGUGAAUGCAUUUGUGACAGCAAAUAUAUCUGGCAAGCUCUUCAAUCGUAAUUAUGAACAUGGUUUGGAAUUAACUCGGAAACGUAGGCCUCCGUAAAUGGAUGCAACAUCUAAAGUAAAUACAAUUGAGACAUUUCACAAUGUGUGUAUCCAACAAGAGGCCGGUGUCACAUCAUUGCACAGAACAGCCAACGAAAUGACUAACGUGCCAUGAUAUCUGGCGCUUUGGAAUGCUCUCUCCUGUCUCUCGUUAUGCGCCUUUUGCAAUGGGUGCUUCUGUUACAUAGCUACAUAUGUAUAAAACCACGCAAUAUAGACUGUGAUAGAGAAUUGUGGCCAUUUUUCAUUUCACAUUCACAACGACAACAACCUUCCCAAGUCCUGACUUCUCAACAGACACUUGAAGCAUUUAUUGCAUCGUCUGAACUGUAUCUCAUGUUUACUCAUUUGCCAUUCAGUAACUAUUUUGGACACAAUAUAUGCAAAAAAUGCAAAAACCUGGUCAGUGUUUUAAGGGUGACAGAAAGUGUUCACCGAGCGGCUUAAUAUUUCUUUUCGGUACUCCUGAAUAAACAUCCUCAGUAGAUUAUUCCAACUCAACACAUAUUCCCUGCAUUUUUUAAUCCCUUGCUUUUUACUUGGCGGAAUAGGGGUGAUAUGUGUGUUGAUGUGUAGGAAGGACUCAAUUUUGCAGAUUGUUGGCUACUGUGGGAAUCUGAUGUACUUGAAUAAAUGGCAUUUUGUUUCA